UACUUCCAGAAGGUGAUUCCUCACCAGUUCGACAGCUGCCCGGACAAGCUCAUCCUGAGAGCCUUCCAGGUCAAGUACAACCCCAAGAAGAUGAAGAGGUUGGAGAAGGAGUAUGCAGCCAUCAAGAACAAAGAGAUGGAGGAGCAGAUCGAGAUCAAGCGACUCCGCACCGAGAAUCGGCUCCUGAAGCAGCGCAUCGAGACCCUCGAGAAGGAGAGUGCUGCUCUGGCUGACAGGCUCAUCCAGGGCCAGGUGACUCGGGCACAGGAGGCGGAGGAGAACUACAUCAUCAAGAGGGAGCUGGCGGUGGUCAGGCAGCGCUGCAGCUCCGCCACCGAGAGCCUGCAGAGGGCACAGAGCACCAUCCGCCAGCUGCAGGACCAGCAGGGGAACCCACGGUUCAGCGAGGAGUUUGUGACCCACCUGGAGACUGAGCUGGAGCAGUCGAGGCUGAGGGAGACUGAGACCCUGGGAGCCCUCAAGGAGAUGCAGGACAAGGUCCUCGACAUGGAGAAGAGGAGCAGCCUGCUGCCAGAUGAGGACAAUGUGGUGAGGCUGCAGGAGGAGCUGCAGGCCCUGGCCCUGCGCGAGGCUGAGGCUGUCAAGUCCCUUACGGAGCUCCAGCAGCAGGUGAAGGACCUCAGUGACAGCUGGCAGGCAGGACGUGCCGGUGGCCGCUGGAAGGAUUCCCCUCGGCGCAGUAACAUCAACGCCCUGCAGGAGGCAGUGGUGGGAGCCAGGCUGAGGGAGGCUCAGGCCCAGGCCGAGCUGCGAGCACUGCGCCAGAGAGUGCUGCAGCUGGAGACACAGGGCCAGAUCCAGCGCACGGUGCUGGGCAGGGCGGAGAGGACCUGCGCUGGGCUGCGGGAGCAGCUGCGGGCAGCGGCGGCGCAGAGCCAGGGGCUGCAGGCACAGCUCAGCGAGAGCCACCGCAAGCAUGCAGAGGCUCAGUGCAAGAGCAAGGAGGAGGUGAUGGCAGUGCGGCUGCGGGAGGCGGACAGCAUGGCAGCCCUGGCAGAGAUGCGGCAGCGAGUGGCAGAGCUGGAGAUCCAGAGGGAGGAGGGCAGGAUCCAAGGGCAGCUGAACCACUCGGACGCCGCUCAGUACAUCAGAGAGCUGAAGGACCACAUCGAGGAGCUGAAGGCUGAGAUCCGGCUGCUCCGGGGACCGCUGGCGUUCGGGGGGGUGGGGCUGGGGCCUCGCCUCGGGGAUGAGGACUCCUUGGGGUCCUCCGACGAGGAGCUGCCACCCUUCAGCCUCGGCCACGGGGACAUCAUCAGGGACCUCGGGGACAUGGGGGACAGCAGCGACAGCGAGCCCGAGGGGGCACCCCCGGCCCCCUGA